AAUGUAUAUCAUGGGCUGUUUGUGUUGAAAAAAAUGGACAUAUUCUAAAUUAAACAUUGUUUUAUACACAUUACGCAGUUUAGAAAAGUUUGUUAGUGCAGCCUGUCGCGAGAGAAACAUGUAGUUUUACACACGUCACUGUAAUCAGCAGAUACCUGACUGCAUCAUGUAAAGAAUAAAAGUGAAAACAAGGAACGCCACUAACUGACUUCAGAUACAUGUGAAGCAGCAUGCUUGCAGACCGCAGUCCAGUGGUGCAGACUCUGCUUGGGACACUCUUCACCUGGGGCCUCACAGCUGCAGGAGCUGCGCUCGUCUUCAUCUUCUCCAGCACACAGAAGCAGAUCUUGGAUGGAAGCCUGGGCUUUGCAGCGGGGGUGAUGUUGGCAGCCUCAUACUGGUCUCUGCUUGCCCCUGCUAUUGAAAUGGCAGAAGAAUCUGGGAAAUAUGGGGCGUUUGCAUUCCUCCCUGUUGCUAUUGGUUUUGUCCUGGGAGCAACAUUUGUUUAUUUUGCAGAUCUGAUGCUGCCUUUUCUGGGUGUUGAGACAGACCCGCAUUUGGUUUUGGCCCUGCCUCCUGAUGCCAAACCAGCGAAAGAAAAAGUGGAGGACCCUGUAGCCCCACCCACAACUGAGGAGCUGUCAAUCAGGAUAGGUAGAGGAGGAACUCACUCAGAUAAAAUAGAGAAUGGAGAAGUUUACCAUAGAAGAAAAGCAACCCACCCUGGUCAAGUAGCAGAAGAGAUGGAAGUGGGUGCUAGACCACAGGAAGUAAUUUGUCCAUCAGCAAGCAGCUGGAGACGGAUACUGCUAUUAAUCCUGGCAAUAACCAUACAUAACAUUCCUGAGGGCUUGGCUGUUGGGGUGGGUUUUGGAGCUGCUGGAAAAACCUCCUCUGCUACAUUUGAGAGCGCCAGAAACCUGGCUAUAGGCAUAGGCAUCCAGAAUUUCCCAGAAGGCCUUGCAGUGAGUCUGCCACUCAGAGGCUCUGGAGUGUCCACAUGGCGAGCCUUCUGGUAUGGGCAGCUCAGUGGGAUGGUGGAGCCGGUGGCAGGGUUGCUAGGCGCCAUUGCUGUGGUGCUGGCUGAGCCGUUGCUACCCUAUGCACUGGCUUUCGCUGCAGGGGCCAUGGUUUAUGUCGUUGUUGAUGACAUCAUACCUGAAGCUCAAGUCAGUGGUAAUGGGAAGCUGGCUUCCUGGACCUCCAUACUUGGCUUUAUUGUGAUGAUGUCACUGGACGUUGGCCUGGGAUAAAGACUUUUUGUUCAUCAUAAAUGACAGAAUGACUUUACUGGUCUUCUAAAAAUGGGCCAAAUGAACCGUCAUAUCAGAAUCAGGGUUAAUGAAUUGGAGAAUGCCUUGGAGUUUUUUUACUCCUCAUUUUAUUAUUGUUUUUUUUUUUUUAAUUCAUAGAAAACUUGAUAAAUGUUGAAUUCGUGAAUAUCUAAAUACUUGAAUGUCACUUGAAUAAGAGGUUGUGGUUUGCGUAUCCAUUGUUUCAUAGCCGCAAUAUGAAGAUGUUUUGUUCAUUAAAACUCUGAAUUGUCUUCCUUCAUGGAGAGUAAUGACUCCUUUGAUUUGGACUAUUUUUUUUACAUUUCUGUGAAACUACUGCAUCAUCAGAGGCUCUUCUGAAUAGGCAUUCCAUUAAAAUUCAUCAUUUAAUGUGUGAUUAAAGAUUUCAUACACUUCCAGGGUUUUGUUCAUCAUUCUGCACUGCUGCAGUUACAUUCCAGCUCGCCUUCUUCAGUCCACUGGGGCGUGUCCCAAACUACACACGCUGUUUACUACGUACUGUCUGUCAUGCUUUGUCUUCAGCACUUUUGGUUAUGGUGUUCUGCACACACUAUGGUAUAAUACUCAGGUUACUGAUGUGGUUUGUGAGACUUCAGAAGUGCACUACUCCUGAGUGAUAUCCUUCCAGACAUUACUGCAUAAUGGUCUAUUCCAAAAUAGUGGAUUGUGUGUUUUCAGAUGUGGAGUAAGUUUUAAGUAAAGAAGUAAUGAUGAGUUUGACUCGCAGUCGCAGUUUGUAAUUCCCAACCUGCAACCAGUAAAAGAAAUCGCCACCUCAACUUGAAAUUCCUACUCGUCAACUUGGAGUAGUCUUCUCAACUCUGAGUUCCAACAUGUAGACAUAUUAGCUUGUUAAAUCUAAAAUAUUAACUACAGUCAUGGGAAAAAGAAAGUACACCCAUACAAUCUUGCGCUUGUCAUUAGUAACACCUGUCUGCUAAUUACUCUCUUAAUGAUUGUGGAAAUACUAAGGGUGUACUUAGUUUUUUUUCCACUUAGUUUCUGAAUGUUGAUUUAUUUUUCGGGGAAAAAAAUGACUACAUACUGAAAUCCGCUGUGUUUAUUUUGUUGUCAGCUGUUUAUUUGUUUGUUUAUAGAAGUUGGUGAGGACCACACAAUUAUUA